AUGUAUUUUCUGAAAAAACUAAGUGGAGUUUGUCUUUUUUUUGGGAGUUUAAUGCAAGGAGUCGAGUCCAUUACUUGCAAUUCCGAUGAAUCAGUUUCUAUUGAAGCAUUAGAAAGUUCAGGCAUUUCUUGGAAAGAGCUCGAGUUAACACCUAGUUGCGCUUUGGAUUCAUCUUUGGUAAACAAUCUAACUGACAGAACCUGGGAUUCUUCAGUUAAGUCUGGUGAAUGGAUCCUCCAAUUUACUAUAGAGCCUUGUGAAUUAUGUCAUAAGGAAGAGUAUAUGUUCAAUGAUCUUUCCCAUCAAAUGAAAGAAAUUUACCCCAACAUCCAGUUUGGCCGAGUCUAUAUGAAUGAGAAUCCCGAGUUGACUGUCCGUUUGUUGGUUGAAACGCUUCCUGUUUACUAUUUUAUUAAUGGAAAUAAUUAUUAUAUUAUUCCCCCAUCAGUGCUACCAGUGAAGGAAGCAUUGGCAGCUUACUCGAAGCACCAAUUCUUAGAGUUUGAAAGAGUUCAGGGAUUCUUUUCUUUGGUGGGUCCUCUUCAGCCUCUUUACAAGCUUCUCGGUAAGGCCCUUUCUUUCUACAGUAAAUUUAAUAGCCCGUAUACACCCCUAUUGAUUAAUUCUGCUAUGUUUGUACUGUCACUUCUGUUUAUCCGCAGGUUAAACGAAAAAAGAAGACAAAAGGAUCAACUUAGAAAGGCUAAAUAA